AUGUCGAGCGACGAAAAAGUUCCUAGUGUCUUGUCAUUAACUGACAAGGAUAAUAUUGCUGUUGAGGUUGAAUCAAAAUCAUCUGCUGACGAAGUUGAAUUAUUUCAUGGUCACAAACCCAAGGAUGAAGUUCUAGGUGAAGUCCAGGAAUUGGUCACCGAAUUUAAUCUUGGACAGUACGAAGAGUUGCUAAAACGUGGUGCUUUGCUUGCAAAUGAUCCUGAAGAACUUUUGACUGAUAAUUAUACGGACUUUGAAAGAAAUAAUAUCCGUAAGGAACUUACCCAUCCGUUCCGAUCUCUUUCUCGGGGAAUGAUUUGGGCAGCAUUGUGUACGUCAUUGGCAGCUGUUAAUUUUGGGAUGGACGAAAGUGCUGUAGGUGGUGCAGUUUUGGGCUACCAAAAAGCUUUUCACAUAACUAACCCAAAUAUUCAAGGGUUGACGUUGGCUGCACCAUAUUUGGCAGCUGGUGUAUUAACUUUACCUUUCACGGUGUAUUUAAACAAAAGGUUUGGAAGAAGGUUCAUUAUCCUUAUUAGUUGUUUUAUUGGUGCUACUGGUUCUUUCAUGCAAGCAUUUUCAAAUGGGUUGGCUCUAUUGAUGUUUGCUAGGUUGUACCUUGGUAUUGGGAUGGGCCUAUGUUCAUCCACUGUUCCAAUUUAUACUGCUGAAUGUGCUCCAGCGGUGUCUAGAGGUGCAAUUCUUAUGCUAUGGCAGAUGUUCAUUGCGUUAGGUGUUUGUCUUGGUUCUGUUUUCAAUAGAGCGUUUGUCGAAAUCAAAGGAAACCUUUCCUGGAGACUAAUGAUCGGAUCCUCUUGUGUUCCACCAUUGCUUACUGCUCUUGUGGUGUAUGUUCCACCGGAGUCCCCAAGAUGGUUGAUUGCAAAUGGUUUUUAUGAGGCUUCCUUAAAAUCUUUAUUAAGGUUAAGAAGUACUGAAGUUUCGGGUGCUAGGGACUUCUAUAUUCUUUACGAAUCAUUGAAAGCUGAACACAAGCUUUCAGCAAGACUUACAUGGGGCCAAGAGAUUGUGUCUUUAUUCUCUAAUAUAAGGAACAGGUUUGCCGUAUGGGUUUCUUUCCUCGGUAUUCUUGGUCAACAAUAUGGGGGUGUUAACAUCUUAGUGUCUUACACAGCUACAAUCUUAACGAAUGCAGGUAUUGAUCCUAUUACCGCAAUUGCUGGUUCAAUUGGUAUUGGUGGUGGCUGUUUCUUAUCUACUUUCUUAUCCUCUCAGUUAAUCGAUAGAUUUGGAAGAAGAACGAUGUUGUUAGUAACCCUUCCCGUUGAAGGUGCUUGUUUGUUUUGGUUAGGAGGAGUUUUAAAUGUUACGGAUAACCACUCUCGUCUCGGUGCAGGUUUGGCAUCCAUGUAUUUGUUUGUGUUAUUCUAUGGUAUAGGUAUCGGUCCAAUCAGUUUCACGCUAGUUGCUGAAACACCUUCCAUUACGGUAAGAAUGGCACACAGUGCGUUCGCAAUGUCAGUUAAUUGGCUCCUAGACUUUUGUUUAACGAUGACUUGGCCAAAGAUGUCCAAAUCCAUGACCACAUCUGGUGGAUUAUAUUUCUACGGUGCGUUUAAUAUCAUAAUUUGGGUCUUGACAUAUUUCACCAUUCCCGAGACAAAGAGAUUCUCUUUAGAAGAAUUGGACGAAGUCUUCAAACACGGUGUUUCCCAUUUCGCUAGGAAGAAGGCCAAGUCGUUGUUUAGAAAGUAA